GCUUCCUGCUCCUACUGAAUAAAAGGCGCAAUUUUGGUUUUGCGUUGAUAUAUUAAAUGGAAUAUGUAUCGCUAAAAACAUGAGCGUAGGAUUAGAUUCACGAGCGAAUGUGUGUCUUCUCACAAAAUUAUGUCACUUUAUUCAAAAAGAGAAAAGCCGAAAACUAAGGUGAACAACAUGGAUAUCACAUCGGACUUUGAGAGCCUCAAGGUAUCUACCUUGAAGAAAGCAUCACGUAUAUCAGCCAUGAUGGAUCAUGUCACAAUUGGUCUUCAAUCAAUGGCAAAUAAAGAUGAAUCCAACAAACUGGAAAAUAUUGAAAAUGAGCAAAAUUCCUGUAAUAUUAAAACCCCACAGAAAACUAAUAGCAGUUUUACGCAUAACACAAUAUCUACUUCGAAUGGCAUUCACUUUUCAUUGAAGAAAAUUCUUUUAGAAAGUGAAAAGCAAAGAGAGGAGGAAGUCAGGAAAAAGAUCGCAUGUCAUAUUAAUCACAUGAAGGAGAAUGGUCGUGUCAUCCAGGAGCAAAUGGCGAAUUCGCGUUCAUUGAUGGCACGCGAACGCGAACGUCGGAAUGAAGAGAAGUUGGCAGAUAUCCUGGCCGAGAUUGAGCGAAUCGCAGAGCAAGAGGAAAUUAAGAGGCGACAUGAACAACAACUACAAGCACAACGCGCUCAGGAACAGAAAGAAAAACUUGAACGAGAAGUAGAAGAGUAUCGGAAACGGAUGAAGGAAAAGGAGGAGCUGACAAAGAUUGUGAUGGUUCAUCGAGGCCAGUUUACGGCUAAAUACUGUGAUAUCGUAAUGCUAUCUAAGAAUUGUAAAGACCCGCAUGCGGUUGAUGUGAUCCUUACGGCAAAUUCUGCAAGGAUAAAGGAUCUGAUUCAACAGAUCGAAUCCUUAGAUGAAAAAAUUAAAAGCGGAGAAUUAAUAUCUACAGAUGUGAAUGUUAUCGAGAACUUGGUUCAUCACAUUGACAAUAUAUUGACUACAUUUCGGACGGAAAUAGAAAAAAUAGAUGCUCAAUACGAAGCGGAAUUGGCUCGUAAAGCACAAGCUGCAAAUGAAAUUCAACCGGUUGUGGAAUCUGAAAAUAUUCCUAGUGAUGCGGUGUCUUCUCAGUAUCCAGGUGAAAGCAAUGCUAUAGAGAAUAAUGAUAGUAAAAUCCAAAAUUCUAGCAUAAUAAUGAAUCAGGAAGCAGCAGCUGCAUCAGUUAAUACACCAGUUACACCAUCUGUACCUAAACCGGCAGAAACAGACUCUGCAGAUUCUGAAUGCAAAGAAGGAGAUCUUUUCAAAUACGUUGAUAAAGAGUCAUUGCAAAUUUACAUAAAAAACCAACAAUUUUUAAAUCUUUAUAAAAAAACCUGCAAGGAUUUCUUACAAUCGACUGCUACGAAAAAGUUUCGUUUUGAGUGUCAGAAGGCAAUCAAUAUUCCGGUAAACGCGAUCUCUGGCGUUAGUGAGCAACAUUUAAGAGACAAAUACGACAGAUUGCAUAAUCUUCUAAUUGGAAAAUCAUCUCCUAACGUGAUGCAACAUCCGCAAGGAGUGAUCUUCUGCAAGGAUCAUCUGGCAAAAAAGAUAGUUAGUCAAGGCGAGACGUUAGUAUCGAGCAAGCCGGAAAUGGCAUUUCCCGUGGCGAUGAUCGUCGUAGCACUUUGGAAUGAGCACGCGGACUUUGGUGAACUUUUUCUGGCGCGUCUUCAUGAGGCGUGUCCGUUCACUAUACCAAUCUUCCUGCCGCAACAAGAAGGUCAAUCCAAUGAGGAUUACUAUAAGUCUCUCGGCUGCAAAUACUCCGAGGAUGGCACUGUCGAAAAACAGGACAAGUUUUUAAAGAGGAUGUCAGGCUUGAUGAGAUUGUACGCAUCGAUUACCGUUACAAGGCAGCGAAAGGGUGUCACCAAAGUUCAUCCAUAUGGUCUUCAGCAUGCUUGGAGAUGGUUGGCAGCCGUUUUCAAUAUCGAACCAAGAGCUGAUAUUUGUGACUUGUGCGCGACCUUAAUAUUAGAUAUGCUCGAAGUUGCUGGUAAUGUGUUAUGGACUGCUUAUCCGACGCAAUUUCAUAAAUUACUGAUGCUGUUGUGGGAGCAAUACUAUCCGCGUAUGCGAAACAUUGCGGACGGCGGUGGGCCUCUGAUGCGGCUAGAAGAAUUCCUGCACAACGCUUUGGCGACUGGCGCUAUACGUCCAGCUGACGGAAUGCUUCCGCCUAACUUUUUGUGAUCUUCUGUUAGAUCCUCUCGACGACGUAAUGACUUAAAUGUAGGCUGAAGCUAUUACGAGUUUAGAAAAUUAGGUUAGAUAUAUUUUUUAAUUGUUUUGAACAUAAAAGUUUCAGAUCGCUUUGAGAAUUAUUUGAAGCAAAGUCUUAAUCAUUUUGAAAAAUUUAAUAGCGUUCAAGACUUCUAUUUUCUCACUGCAGCCAUAUAGAAUUACAGAAGCGAAAAAUCAUGUGAACAUUUUUCUUGUGAAAUAUGUUGAAAUAUAUUAGUUUUGUCAUAUGUCAUCACACAUUUAAUAGAUUGAUAAAAUAUAUUACAAAAUAUAAAUGUAUUACAAAAUAUUUGAUGGUUCGCGAAUAAUAUAAUAAAUAGUUAUAUGAUGUAUAUAAUUCAGUUAUAAUAGCUGCAAUGAGAGACAAGAAGUCUUACAAAAAUUUAUUUAAUUCAAAAAACAAAAUAGAUACAAUUUACAAAAUGAAUUUUGAUAAUACUUUAUUCUACGUGUCGAUCGCGGAUCUAAAGUUGA